UAUACAGAGGGAGUGUGAGCACAAAGACGGGGAGGUGAAGGCACUAGGAGAGGACAAAUCUAAGCUACAGUCAACCAUCCGGGGGCUGGAGCGCGAGCUGGCCGCCCUCAGGAGAGAGGUCAACCACCGGGACGACAUCAUCCGUGAUAGAGAAGGUAAGAUCACCAGCACCCGGGACCGCAUCAGCGAGCUGGAAAAGCAGAGGUUCCUACUCGAACACCAGCUGAGUCAGCUCAAGGAGGAACUCGACCCGCUUCAGGCGGCCCUCGAGCAGCGGGCUCAGCAGAUCAAGCAGAUGGAGGAGGAGAUGAGAGAAACUCGAUUGGUGGUGGGGGCACGAGACAGGCAGGUGAAGGAGAUGGGUCAGCGGUUGGUGACAGCAGGGCAGCAGGCGCGCCACUUACAGCAGCGCCACCAUGCCCUCGCCACGGCCCUCACCCGCGUUCUCGCCGACCUCGCCAACGCCACGCAGCUCAUACACCAGCCCAAGAAACUAAAAGACGCUGUCAAGACGCUCAACGACAAAUACGUGCGAAGCGGACGACACAAGGAGUUCUGGACGCGACCCGAUCUCGAUAAACUGACCCAGUCCCCAGCGACCCCUCCAUGCAGACGCCACAUCUCAUUUUCUUGUGGCAUCUGGAUUGAUGAUGUCCUAAUUUCUAACAUUUGUAGCAUCGUAGUGGUUCUGGGACAAAAGGACGCAACUUGUAAGUCCCCCAGUUGCCUAGGUCUACCUCCUCUGGGACUGUCCCCUUGA